AUGAAGAGGCUUCUGCUUCUAUUUUUGCUCUUUAUAACAUUUUCUUCUGCAUUUCCUACAGACCAAAAGAUGGAAAACGAAGAAAACAUGCAGCUGGCUGAGGCGUAUCUCAACCAGUUCUACUCUCUUGAAAUAGAAGGGAGUCAUCUUGUUCAAAGCACGAACAGGAGUCCUAUAGAUGGCAAAAUUCAAGAAAUGCAAGCAUUUUUUGGAUUGACAGUGACUGGAAAACUGGACUCAAACACACUUGAGAUCAUGAAGACACCCAGGUGUGGGGUGCCUGAUGUGGGUCAGUAUGGCUAUACUCUGCCUGGGUGGAACAAAUACAAUCUCACGUACAGAAUUAUGAACUAUACUCCAGAUAUGGCACGAGCUGAUGUAGACGAGGCUAUCCAAAAAGGUUUACAAGUGUGGAGCACAGUUACUCCACUAACAUUCACCAAGAUUUCCAAGGGGAUUGCAGACAUCAUGAUUGCGUUUAGGACCCGAGUCCAUGGGCAGUGUCCUCGUUAUUUUGAUGGCCCCUUGGGAGUCCUCGGCCAUGCCUUUCCUCCUGGUCUGGGUCUGGGUGGAGACACUCACUUCGAUGAGGAUGAAAAUUGGACCAAGGAUGGAGUAGGAUUCAACUUAUUUCUUGUGGCUGCUCAUGAAUUUGGUCAUUCACUGGGGCUCUCUCACUCCAAUGAUCCAACAGCUUUGAUGUUCCCAAAUUAUGUCUCCCUGGAUCCUAGCAAAUACCCACUUUCUCAGGAUGAUAUCAGUGGAAUCCAAUCCAUUUAUGGAGGUCUACCUAAGACACCUACUAAGCCUAAAGAACCCACUGUAUCCCAUGCCUGUGACCCUGAUGUGACUUUUGAUGCUAUCACCACUUUCCGCAGAGAAGUAAUGUUCUUUAAAGGCAGGCACGUAUGGAGGAUCUAUUAUGAUAUCACCAAUAUUGAAUUUGAAUUAAUCUCUUCCUUCUGGCCAUCUCUGCCAGCUGAUAUUCAAGCUGCAUAUGAGAACCCCAAAGAUAAGAUUCUGGUUUUUAAAGAUGACAACUUCUGGAUGAUCAGAGGAUAUGCUGUCUUGCCAGAUUAUCCCAAAUCCAUCUACACACUUGGCUUUCCAAGACAUGUAAAGAAAAUUGAUGCAGCUGUCUGUGACCACAACACAAGAAAAACCUACUUCUUUGUGGGCAUUUGGUGCUGGAGGUAUGACGAAGUGACCCAAACCAUGGACAAAGGGUAUCCACGGAGGGUGGUAAAAUACUUUCCGGGAAUUGGUCUCCGAGUUGAUGCUGCUUUUCAGCAGAAAGGUUUCUUUUAUUUCUUCCGUAGAUCAAAGCAAUUUGAAUAUGACCCUAAGGCAAAGAGCAUUACCCGAAUGAUGAAAACCAAUACUUGGUUUCAAUGUAAAGAACCAUUAAACUCAUCAUCUGAUUUUAAUAUCAGCAAGAAAGAAUUACAUUCAGGAGGAGUGGAGAUGUUUCAUCAUAAGAAUUUAAACUUGCUUAUUUUCAGUAUUGUUCAUGUGCUAAAAAAAAUCUACAGUUAUUAA